AUGUGCCAUCAAUGCCAGCGCAAUGCCAAGGAUUCCAUCACUGUCUGCAGCAAGGUGGUCACCCACCGCUUCUGCGGCACCUGCAUCAGCAACUGGCACCCGUUCCACACACCAGAGGAGAUCAAGGCCAACUGCCCCAAGUGCCUUGGCGCCUACAACUGCAAGGCUUGCUUGCGCACCUGCAUGCCCCUUCUUUUUGUAAACCCUACUCACGCUUCUCGCUCUCUCCUCUCAGCAUCCGUCCUCUUAUAA